AUGGGCAUCAUGGAUGGGAUGGGGACGCUUGGUCGUUCUCGUUUCAGAGAUUUGGCACUUGGGAUUUGUUUCUUGGUCUGCAGAGAAUCUGGGGCUGACUUCGUCGCUCUAGUCUUCAUCUCUAUCACCCUGUCAUCACCAGACAACCCUCCCGUUGGGGUUAUCCUAUUUCCUGUUGUCCGCUGGGCUCAGGGACCUCCUUACAUUCCUCUCCAAGACGCCGAUUGGAGGGAUCUAUACGAUCUUGGAGAACACGACAACGAAGAGUUCUUCCAUCACCAAGAGAAUUGGACUCCAGAACUUCGAUCUCUAUUCGGUGAUCCUCCCUAUAUCGAAUUCCCCUCUCUUCACUACCAAACCGCCGACGUUAUCGAGUAUCUCCCCACCAUGUCGGGAAUCGAGAAACUCAACAACUCCAUUCUGAGUGUCUUCGACGGCACCAAUUGGAAUACGUGGUCGGACAACUACAUGAGCAUCUGCAUGCAUCAGGGCACUUGGGGAGUGGUUAAACCCACUCAUAUUACGGUUAACGGCACAUCUACCUCGAACCCUGGUUCUAUGGAGCGUCCUGGAACGACUGGUGACAGCCAGUAUCAAUGGGACGUUGCCAAUGAAAAGGCACUGGGUCUUGCGCGGGUUUACAUCACCCAGAAUCUGCGCAAGGGAAUCUUUAUGGAGGGUCAGCGGGAGCGCACUGCGCGCGAGGUUUUUGCGAAGAUGGCGACGGAUUAUGGCCAACCAAAUGCCAUCGAUGCUUUCGUCGAGUACCGCCUCCUGAACACCACCACCUUCCACGGUGGUGAUACCAUUGAAAAGCAAAUCAUGGAAAUGGAGACUCGUCGUCGCCAGUGUUCGGAAGGAGGAAUCGAGAUCCCUGACUACCUCUUCGCAACUCUAAUGCUCGCCGCUUUGCCCGCUUCCAGCAGAGGUUUUGUCACCUCUUACCUGGCCAAUCGUCCUAUCGCUUCUCUGAACCCAGUCGAUGUCAAGAACAGCGUCAUAGGGAAUAUCAAGAUCGAGAACCUCGACACGACGUCGAACUCGAAGAUUUCCACCGUUCCGUCCCUUGCCACCCGCUGCACUCAUUGCAACAAGUCCGGUCACGUUGCGGCAUCCUGCUACAAGAAGUAUCCCAACCUCAAGCCGACUGGUCAAUCUUCUGACAAAGGCAAGGGGAAGCAGGAUGAGGGGAAGAAGAAAAAGAAGAAGGAAAAGAAGAGCGGUGAUGGUACUAGCGCUGUAAAAGAAGUUGUAGCCGCUCCCGCGGUUGCAGCUGUCUCCAAUGGAAUGCACAUUUCGUCCUAUCUCAUGAGUGACUCCCUCAAACACAUCGAUGAUGGAAUUUUUGUUGAAGAAAUGGGAGACGACUCCAAAAUUCGUUUUCUAUGGGACUCGGGUUGUACGCAUCAUAUGACAAACACCCGAUCCGAUCUUCACAACAUCAGACCUAUCGACACCUAUGUAGUUGUUGGGUCGGGAGCUCGCUUCAGGAAUGAAGCCGUUGGAGAUAUUGUGUUGCGGGGUCAUACUAGUAGUGGCAUGGACUACACCUUCACGCUGAAGGAUGUCAUUUACAACCCACACAUAAGAGGGCGUUACCUUUCUGGAUAUGCGCUCGAUCAGGCUGGUUACUACACCGUGGUUGGUGACAACAAGGCAAUCCUAGUCACCAAGGAUUGGCUCAACAAGGGAAAAGCGCAUGGGGAUGUCUUGAUGACCUUUAAAGCAAGCAAUCGCUGCUACUGGUACUACCCCGAGGAGCUCGUGGCACCAUCUGUGUCUGCAUCUCACGAGUCUACCGCACUCGCUUCCCUGGAAACUACCGAUUUUGAAGGUGUUCCCCCCUUGCUACGCAAUAAAGACCAGCGCGGCAUGUGCGAUGGAUGUAUGCUUGGAAAACAGCACAAGCAUCCGUACCCUGCAUCAGAGAAACAUGCUAGCAAACCCCUCGAGCUUAUCCACACUGAUUUGAUGGGCCCCUGGCCUACUCAGUCGUUGGAAGGUUCACGCUACACAAUUUCGUUCUACGACGAUUUCUCGAGCUUUGGCAUGAUGGUACAACCUAUGGCACGAUUGGGAUGGCGAACACCUGCGGAACUGUGGCUUGGAAAGAAGCCAGACGUCUCUUAUUUCCGUGUGUUUGGAUGCAAGGCGUCUCUCUAUGUGGAUGUUGAAAAACGCCCGAAAGGGUUGGAGCAUGGACGCCCCGACCACAUCUUCGUUGGAUACGAACGAGAGACAAAAGCUUGGAAAGUGUGGGAUCCGAAUCAACGCAAGAUAUGA